AUGUUCAACUUCUUCAAGCAAACGAAAGUCGCACCACGCGUGGUGGCCGGAGAUGAGGUGGUCGAAUUGCCCUUCUUCGACGAUACCCUGCUCCUGCAGACGUUCGUGCUGCACUCAAUGUUCGUGUUCGACGAAGCGCUUGACGUCUUGAAGCUGCAGGAUGCGCUCGAGCGCCUGGGACAGCGAGCAGGCUGGCAAAAGCUAGCGGCUCGGCUCCGGAGGAACACCGCUGGUCAGCUCGAAUUCCACAUCCCGACUGAAUUCUCAUGCCAACGACCAGCUAUCACCCAAACCCAUAUUCAUCAUGAAGCGCCGCUGUCACAACACCCAGUUUCCUCUUUUCUCCCAAAACCAUCUUCGCAGCCCGCCAUUGUCGGCAAUGCCGAGGACCUACGGCCCCUUUACGAGGGCCUCAACUGUCCAAGCAAGCUGGACGACUACCUGUACGAAGACCGGUCAGUUGUCGGCCUACACGUCGUCUCCUUCCAUGAUGCCACAGUUCUCACUCUGAACUGGAUACAUGCUGCAUUUGACGCCACAGCCAAGAAAGCCAUCCUCGAUGCGUGGAAUCUGGUUAUGCUGGGAAGAGAAGAUCAGAUUCCUACUCCAGUAACUUACAGGGAGGACGCGCUCAAGGACCUUGGAACGAACCCCCUAUCGCCACAUGCGCUGGCGGACCGAAAGACUUCCACGUUGGGGAUGAUCCGCUGGGCGCUAAGCAAUGUCACGGACUUGUUCUUUCGCAGCCAGGAAACACGCAUUAUUUGUUUACCUGCUGGAUUCGUCAAGAACCUGCACGCGGUGGCAAUGAAGGAGCUGCUUUCUUCUCCGCCCGGACCUGGUGAGGAGAGGCCAUUCGUGUCCGAAGGGGACAUUCUGACAGCGUGGGUGGCACGUUUGGCAGUGUCGCAUCUAUCACAAUAUCCAGACCGAACAGUCGCCAUUCAAAACGCCUUCUCCGCCAGAAAGGUCCUGCGACAGUAUCUUCCCGCUGACCAGCCGUACAUCGCCAACUGUGCCUUCUUCUUCAACGUUCUUCUCCCGGUCAAAGACGUCCUCGGGCGACCGCUGAGUUAUACGGCAUGGCAGAUCCGACGCGCCAUUAAGCAGCAAACAACGGCCGAGCAGACGGAAGCAUACUGCGCGCUGCUUCGUGCGUCAGGUCAAAACAAGCUUCCUCCGUUCUUUGGUGAUAGUUCCAUGCACAUGCUGAGCUUCUCAAACUGGACCAAGAUUGACUUCUUUGGGUUGGACUUUUCGGCUGCCGCCUUAAAGGGUGCUGGUCCGGUGAGGCCGAAGUACAUCCAGAAUGUCCAGACACCUUACAAGUUCACCGAGAUGUUCCCUAUUGUCGGGAAAGAUGAGCAGGGCAAUUACUGGCUUAGUGGAACAAGGACAACGCAGAAUUGGGAUAUCAUUGAGCAAGCGCUGCGAGAGGAGAGUCCUUGUACCUAG